AUGAGUACAGCAUAUGCUCUUCCACCGCUGGAUCCUUUACUGAGGAGGAGUGCAAAGCGCACGAGAGACAUAUUUGCAUCAUGUCCAGAUGAUGGGAUGAAGGAAGAUGAGAAGAGCGCGCGAAUACGUCUCUCGGUGAAGAUUAACGACGAAUACCGUGAUUUUAAAGAGCUCCCUCCUGCAUUACUUGCUCAACAAGGUCCCAUUGGUCCUGCUCGGCCAAAGGAGCAGAGAAAGGCCAUCACUGCCGGACCAUCUAGCGACACAUCAAGAAUGAUUGCCACAAUAGACAAUACACCCAAGGUGCAACCGUCCACGUUCGCUACAUCCAAUAAGCUCUCCGAGGCUUUAACCCUACAUAAAACGACUCGUACCAUCAAGCCAACAUACCAUCCACCAUGGAAGCUUGUCCGCGUGAUAUCUGGUCAUUUGGGUUGGGUUCGCAGUGUAGCGGUUGAGCCAGGAAAUAAAUGGUUUGCUACUGGUGCUGGGGACAGAGUUAUCAAAAUUUGGGACUUGGCUUCAGGGGAGUUGAAGCUUUCCCUGACUGGUCAUAUUUCCACUGUCCGAGGACUGGCUGUUUCACCGAGACACCCGUACUUGUUUUCGUGUGGUGAGGACAAGAUGGUGAAGUGCUGGGACCUCGAAGCAAACAAAGUUAUCCGGCACUACCAUGGUCAUCUUUCAGGCGUUUACUCGUUGAGUUUACAUCCGACGUUGGAUGUUUUGGUCACAUCCGGUCGUGAUGCCUCAGCUCGUGUCUGGGAUAUGCGCACAAAAGCCCAAAUUCACGUUCUCGCGGGACAUUCUGCAACAGUAGCGGACGUCAAGUGCCAAGAAUCUGAUCCGCAAGUCAUCACUGGAAGUAUGGACUCGACGGUUAGGCUGUGGGACCUAGCAGCUGGAAAGACGAUGGUUACCCUCACCCACCACAAAAAAUCUGCGGGUAAUAACAUCAAAAAAUGGAAAUGCCCGGAGGGUGCAUUUGUACACAACUUCCCCGGCCAUAACGCUAUCAUAAAUACGCUUUCUGUCAACGCAGAAGGCGUAUUUUUCUCUGGUGGCGAUAAUGGUACACUCACGUUCUGGGAUUAUAAUACGGGGACUCCAUUCCAAAAUCUUGAUGACGUGCCUCAACCCGGUUCCCUCGAGGCAGAAGCCGGUGUCUUUUGUUCGACCUUCGAUAUGACCGGAACACGGCUCAUCACUGGUGGCGCUGACAAGACCAUCAAGGUUUAUGCCGAGCAGUCGCAAUGA